AUGGCCUCUUUGAUUGCAGCAGCACUGGCGCUGAGGGCCGCUGCGGGCCGCACUGGUACUGGACCUCUUGCAGCAGCACACGGGCACUCCUCAGCGCAGCAGACAGAGAAGCAGCUGCCGCAGCAGCAGCAGCAGCCGCAACCACGGAAGCCACGGCUCCAACGCGGCGAACAAGAGCAAGAGGGACAGAGGAAAAGGAAACAGCAACGGCUCAAUCAGCAGCAACAAGAAAAAUCACAGCGGCAAGGCCAGCUGCAGAAGGAGCAACAUCAACAAGGGCACCAGCAGCAACAACGUCACCAACAAAAGCAGCGGCAGGAACAGAAGUACCAACAGAAGCAGCAGCAUCCGCAACAGCAGUCACUCCAGCAGGAGGCAGUCAAUGCCGCUGCAGCACACGGAUUGAAACGUUCCGCAGAUUACAGCGACUGUGGAAAGCGGAAAAAACGCAAAGGACGAGGGGCGCCAAGGGCUGAAGCUGCUGUUUCCGGCACCCCAGCUGAUGUGGAGCAUGCACAGAAUGUGCAUGCAGUAGCGAGAGUGCAGCAACAGCAGCGGAAUGGCCACAUAGAUCGUGACCAGCUCCAGGUUGCAGAGGAGCAACCCCUGGCGCAACAGCGUAUUCCGCCGCUGGAUCAACUGGCGCCACCGCGGCAGCAAGGACCAUCACCAUCUCCCCAACAGCAGCAUAAGCCUGAGCUUGUGCAACAUAAGCAACUUAUACACCUGACGUCACUGCAGGCAGAGUCACAGGAGCAGCAGCAAGUAGUGAAGCAGCAAUGCCUGCAGCAAGUGCUGCCACCGCACAAAUUUCAAGCUGAAGGGCAGCAACUAAAGCAGCAGCAGGAGCAUGGACACAAUGAUACGCUUCGACAGGCACAGGGCAGUGCACAGCGUCCAAUUCCUAGGACCUUAGACCCCUCACGGGGACUGUGUAUCGACCAUCAGCAGCAGGUACAACAACAGCGAGAGCUACAACAGCAAGGACAGCAACAGAAGCAACAGCGGAUAGAGCAGCAACAAGAUUUCCAAGCGCAGCUGUGUAAUCGUGGUCUCUUCACCCCGCAGCAAACGGAAUCAUUGCAGCAGGGUUUGCUGUUAUUCCAGCAGGAAGCAGCAGCAGCACCUACGCCAGCAGCAGCAGCAGCAGCAAGAGGCAAAGCAACAGUACUGCUUCUGGGAGCAUCAGCGAGGCGUUUAGCGGCUGUCGCACCGCGUCUAGCUGCUGCAUUCUCGCGACGUGCAGCAGACGUUGCUCAGCAUUACGGCAUCGAGGUUGAUCCCAAGGCAAAACAGGGUCUAUGUGCUGGCUGUGGCGUUCCUUUGGUGCCAUUUCUGACAUCAUGCAUAUUUACGCGUCCCCUUCCCCGUGGGUCUUUUCGUCGCCGAAUGAAUCAGUGCACAAAAGAGCAUCUGAUGCUACAGCUUCAGGCAACGGUUCCUGGGGGCCAAGUUCCUCCCUAUGCUGUUGAGGCAGUCAGGCCUCUCGCCGUCUCCUCAUCUAUGGUGUCAGUGUGCAAACUGUGCGGCCACAAAGCCCAAACUCCCACUGGGCAGCUAAGACACAAGGGGAAGGCACAGCAGCAACAGCAGCAGUUGCAGCAGACCCUGCAGCAGCUGCCGCUGGACAGCGCGGCAAGAGGAUCAAAUUUCAACCAGCAGAAGAAGUCUCGAGAGAAGAGGAGAUCUACUUCACGACUUUUUGAUCAGCGUCAGCAGCGUCAGCAAUACCAGCAGCAUCAAACGAUGCAGCAGCUGAUACGUGGACAGUGCCUUGAGGAACAGCAUCAGCUACUCGAAGACCAGGAGCUGCAACAGCAGCAGCAGCCGCAGCGAAUAGAGCGUAACCACGUGAGGCACGAUGCUAUUUUUAAGCCUGGUGCCUGUGAAGCGAGGUCGAAUACACUGUCUGUUGUUGAAUGUACCGCAAUGCAUUCCGCGAAAUGGGAACCCAGAAGGAUCGCCGUGGACGAAGGCAGUAGGGAAAACAAGGACUAUUCCGGGAGCCCGUUGCCAGUUCCUCAGCCUUCGCAGUAUUCAGCAUUGUCAAGGACCCGCAGCUCACAAGAUAUUACUGAAGAAGAAGAAAAGGAUGGCUUUUUGGUCUCUGCUAGCACCGUCAGUAAAGCCGGGGAGGGAGAGAGAGUUACGAGGGUCUAUGAGCUACUUGCUGACCGUGAUUUUUAA